UUAAAAUCACACCGAGCAUUCUUAAUAUUCUAAAGUUAUAAACGAUUUUAUUCAGCAAUGAUUUUAUAACAGAAAAUCUUGGCAGUACAGCCAAUUUCCAAAAAUAUUCCAAAAAUAUGAAUCAGUACAAAUUGCACCACUUUUAUCCUUAUCAUUAUCGAAUAAAACACCUAGUAUUAGAUUAAAUGGAAACUAAUCUGCUGUCUGUUUCACGCAUCUAUGUCUGCGCCGUGUGCCAUAAUGACAAAGCAGUCUACUUUAGAUCAAUCGAGAGACUCGCUAUUAAAGCUCGUGCCGUUCCUACGACGAGACAGUCCUCCUGUGAAGAGGCAAACGUUAGUCGACGCGCGUUGCUUGUGCCGCUUUUAAUCCGAUGUUACGUAUUAAGCUCUUUGACGGUCAAUUAAAAUAUUGUAAUUUCACAAGUUUAAUGUUCUGAGAAUAAAAAAGGGAUGUUGCAAAGUACAUUCAUAAUGCAUUUAGGAGUAAAGUGUACAAAUUGUUAAUACGAUGACUAAUUAAUAUUGUUAAAUAUUGAAAGUGAUAUCUGACUUGAAUCUGACAGCCACAAAAAAAUUAAUAGCGCGUAGAAUUUGAUACUGUUUGGAAUGUGUCGAAUUAAGAAAACAUCAAAACAAUCGAGACUCGCGUGACCUUGUGCGUUGAAAUUAUCGUUGCAGGUUUAGUUCGAUAACCUCUCCGUCUAACCAAUGUAUUUUUCGUUAUGACUCCACCAAGUUAAAGUACAAGUCGUGUGCAUCGAUAGUGUUGUUUCGAAGUGAAAUUUGAAUCUCGGCGAAGUUCUCGGAUAAUCUAAUAUUUGUUUCGUGCGUUGAAUCAUUCGACAUACAUAUUGCAGCGCGUGUUCCGAUUUUAUCAAUAUUUGUUUUUAACGGUGUGAUGCAUUACACUUUGGCUUACAUUCGAAUGCUGAAAUAUUAGUAAUUACGCGCCAAAAAAUAAAAGUGAAGUAAGAAAGUGAAGUAAAACGACAAAGUGUGCAAGCAUGAAUUAAUGAAUCAUUUACGGGUUUCUUUACAAGUGCAUAUUCUUCGCAGACUAUGGAUAAUAUUCGAAGAAAUAACAUCAGCCACGCAAGUGCUUUAGAACCACACGGCAGCAGGAAGUCGCCGUAAAAGCUAAGAACGUCGAACAUUCCCGCGAGUUUGCUAUCAAGGUUCACUGUCAGUGCCAUCGCACGAGCGGCUUUAAACUCUGACCUCAAUGUCGCCCGACGCUGUAUCAUUUAUCGUUCUCUCCUGGGCUCGACACCACAAGCCCAAAUCGACGCUUUUUUAACAUGUCAAGAUUAUUAUUAUCGUAGUACACUCCGCCGUGAGUUUAAGCGUCAGUGCGUCCAGAAUCAUGUGAGGAAAAAGGAAAAAGAGCUUUCUUCCUGCCGGGAAAGCCGCGAAGUCGGGAUCGUGUAUUGAGAUUUAGGAAAGAUCUAGAGAAACACUAAAAACUCCCGUACCCUCCUUGUGAUCGUCGCGCACCGCCACCACCACUGCCUCUCUUCCACGCGCAUCUUAGAGCACCCGAAUCGACCGGAGCGUACCGAACGGUCGGGUAAAAGUUAAAGCCGAUAAAAAACACACAUACACGAGCGCAACACGCCGACAGCUACCCCGAGAUCGAGCACCGAAGUCAGUCAUGAAUCUUAUGUUCCGCAAGAACUUCGGGGGCGAGAAAGGACCCGGUGGUGGCGGACUAGGUGGAGGAGGACUAGGGGAAGUCCGGCCCGUUCUCGGCGCCGCCGCUUACGGGACCGGUGGGGCCUACAGCCAGGGUUUAGGAACGCGUUUUGGCGCGACGCGCGGCGGCGUCGGUCAUUCGGUGAUCGGCGGCGCGCGUGGACCCGUACGACGCAGCCGGGAGUACGGAUACUUUCCGUCGAUGGGCGAUCACGAGCACCAGGGACACAGCUAUCGCACUCAUCUGUUCCUGUCACCGCCUGCAGGUGGGGCACUUGGCUCACCACCCGAAGAGUCGGGCGAGCGGCUGGGCCCGCCGCCGCGUCGCAAUUCCGGGCCCCACGUAAUCAAAUGGGGCGGCGGCGGCGGCGGGACCGUCGGCUCUGCACAGGGCGCACAAACCGCUAAUCAAGCUAGGAGAAAGCAGAAUCAAAUUGGCCAGCAGAAGGAACUUUCCGAUCCACCAACCCCGACAGCGUCCAGGCAGCAGGUAUCCUUCAGUGGCAACCGUGCUUCCGGUACGUACACACCUCUCGUGGUUUCUGGAAGCAGUCCACCGCGAGGUGAACCAAUUUCCUUGGCCACUUUGGACCGUGACUGUUUCAUUAUACCUCUUGCUUCUCUUGAGCGUUUUUUACCAGCAGGUGUACCACACGCUCCUGUCGCCGAUAAGAAGAGACCAGGAAGCCCUUUGUCUGUUCUCGAGGUUGAGGACCCGAAGCAAUGUGUUCUCGCGCAUUUUAUGACGCCUUUGGAGCCACUGGACCCUUUAAUCGAGUCACCAGUGUCUCGCCCGCUAGUGCUACAACGCGAUACUGCCGCAGAACUAGUCGCUGAGAUAGCACCUUCCGCGUCGCAAAGCAUUUUACUUACAAACAUGGAGAAGAACGCGGAUUUCCCGUUCAUCACAUAUUAUCUAAUAAACAAGCAAAACACGGACCCAGUAGAUUUUUAUAAUGAAGUACAAUGUGCGGCUCUGCGUAAAUUUGACCCGCGAGAUCUGAGAUACGCGGCCAGCCACACAUUGGAUCUGUUCAAUGAAGUGGCGACAAUCGCGAGACCGCCUUUGGAGCCGCCCGGUGGAAGACCACCUAUUCCGUCCACCGGCUAUAUAGUAUCGAUUUUCAAAGUAUUCGAGGGCGACGACGGUCUUAAGUUUGAACAAAAUUGGCUCUAUUGGACAGGUGCGCGUAUGAUGUAUCGGUACUUACCGAAAUCGGUGGGUCUCAGACGCAUUACUUUGCACAAAUCGAUGUCGCAAGGCGACAAGAUGUAUCUGCUGAUCUGCGAAUGCUCGCAGCUGCAAGACAAUCUAUCUGCCGCGGCGAUACUUCUGCCGGCUCUUCGUGCACGACUAUGCGGUUACAUCGGACUCUAUAGACCUUCCGUGUGUUUCUGAUUCCUUACCCAACUACUAGAGUCUGCGAGGAUCAUUUCGAAUCGCAUUACGUACAGCUCUGCAGAAAAAUCUGACCGAAAUGACAUAAUUAAGGUCAUAAAUAAAUAAUGGAUGCCAAGAAAGAAGACAUGACACUGAUUUGUAGAAAGAGUGUUGUCAUAAACGCUGCUAACAAACGCAAGACACUGUGAUUUCUUAUCGUACUAUUAUAAGGAGCACAACUUCGUAUACGCUUUUGAUGAAUCUCGUCGAGAAACGACGGAAUGGCCUGCAUGCUCGAUUAGAUACGCCACUGGAUCUGUUUGUAUUUUUCGACUUUACUAUUUCGUUCAUUAUGCAAAUGAGCGUUGCUCCAGUAGGGUCACCAAGCAAAACGAAAAAAAUGGAAUGCAUACAAAACGAAUAUCAAUGAAAUUGAUACGUAGAUUGCAGAAAAUAUUGUAACGUACGUUGUAUAAAAACGGGUAUCUGAAAUGACCCAUCAAGCGACCAAAUGGAAGCGUCAAAAUUCUUGAUACUUAAUUGAAAAAUGGGAACAUUUUAUGCACCGAUAUGGAGCAGAUAAUGAUGUACGGAUAUAUUACCGAUUAAAGAUGUUUGGUCAUUCUACAGGUGCUAUCGCGAUACGUGAGCAUAACGAUAUACGUAACAUACUUUUACUACUAUUGGUAACUAUCGAAUAAUCGCUAACUACAUAUCAUACUCGAUAAACUGUGAUAUUUGAGCGAGCGGCGUAUAUAUCACAAUGGGUUAUCCCUCUUGAAACCUACUCUCGAAAAUGCUACUCUUAAAAUCAAUUUAGGUGACGUAGGCACAAAUUAGUGGAACUUUGAAGGCCGACACGGUAGAAUGUAACUUCAAAUCUUUUAUCAAUUAUCUUCGUAUUUGAUAUUAUACAUCCAUAUAUACGGAUUAUUGAUGCUCGCGGAAAUGCAGAUGUGGAUAAACUACAAUCUUAAAAAAUUCAACAAAAUUUUAUUUUAUGCACUAUUUUUUUCAUUACAAAAGAGAAAUUUUUCUUUUACACCAUAUUUACAAGACGUUUUAUCAUCUUUGCGGAAAUAAUUAAACAACAUUAGUUGUACUGAUAAUAAUGAUAAUGAUAAUGUAUUG